GAGCUAUAAUUGCAUCAAAUUGAACAAUACAGAAUUUUAACCUCUAAUAAAAUCAGCACAAUACAGAAGAAAGACUGUGUUAAAAAGCUCAUAGUCAAGGUUGUAAACACAGUAAAUAAAUGGAAAUUUUUUCAUAGCUGAUACUGAACAUUUCUGAGAAGUCAAAUAUUUAAUUUAUAUUUCGCCACGUUUGUGACUUGUUGGUGUUGCAUAUACAUACUAAUUAAAAUGAGUGAUUCUGUUAUCGAUAGCCCAGGCUCAAAAGCUCUUGAAGCUGCUAAGAAUAUAAAGGAUUUAGCUAUAUUCAAGAAACCUAUUGGAUCUGCAAAAAAGAGUAAAAGCUCUCAACCAAAGAUCUUAGAUGAAGAUACAUAUAUUGAAAGGAUGGGUGAAAUUAUUCAAAGAGAUUUUUUUCCACACUUGAAAAAAUUAGAAGCACAGAACGAGUACUUGGAUGCAUUAGAGCAAAAUAAUGUGGAUAGAAUGAGAGAAUUGUAUGCAAAAUAUAGUUUUGGCAGACCUGCCACUGAGAGACCAGUCAGUCCGGCAACAUUUGAAACUCCAUUACGUAGAAAUGAAUCAGAGGAAUCAUCUUGCACAUCUAAGAAUUCAUCUGAAGAAACAUCUGAAUCAAUAACAACAAAUAACAAAACAGAAAGUAAGGUUAGUUUGGAUGAUUAUUUGAACACACACACAAGUGAAGAUAAUGCUAGUUUUGAAGAAAUGAUGGUUGAAACAGAGAACAAACGUAAACUGAAAUAUGCUUGGCUUUAUGAAGCUGAAGAAAAGUCAAAAGCGUGGCUUGCCAUAGACAAAUCUAUAACUGACAACUUGACAAUCAAAGACUCGAAUUGCAGACCUAAUCAAAUUGACAGUUGGACUUACAAGAAUAAGAAUUACAUUAUGUAUAUUCCUGAUGGUGUGGAACUUACAGCCGAAGAGAAGAUAGAAUUAGCCAAACAGAAACAAACUGUAAUGCAUGAAAACACAAGACUGAGAACAAAUCCAUUUAAUGAACAACAAAAUAAAGAAACCAUCAGUGAAUUAGCCAAAUCACAGUCUAAAGCUAACGACGGCAAGAUUGGCGUUGAUGGUAAAGAAGUCGUCAGGAAUGCAACACCACGGAUAAAUGGUUUUAGUUUUGUUGCAACACCAAGCCCAAGACCAGGAGAAUGCGAAAGUCCUUUGAUGACGUGGGGUCAAAUUGAAGGGACGCCUUUUCGAUUGGACGGCAGUGAUACUCCUUUGCUGACGACGAGUCAGGGCCCUUCUUUCAGAAUAGCAGAACCACCCAAAAGGGAACAACUGGCAUUACAGUUGGCUGAGAAAGUUGGUGAAAGACACAGAGAUCGAAAAAGCAAAGCUUUGGAAGCAGCUAGAAGAUCAUUAGCCACUCCAUCACCAAAAUCGACUAUAGAUCGUUUGAGUACUAUGUCUCCUGCGGCAAGAAGAUUGGCGACGCAGAAACUUCGGAUAUCAAGUACGCCUUCUCCUCGGCGAACUCCGUCUAUAAGACACGUCACAACACCGGGCACACCGCGUGCGGUCACAUCAGUCAAACACAACACUUUGCAAAAGCUAGAAACAAAUUUGCGGAUACAAGGACCUGUAUUGACCGACAACUUACUCAAUCUACCUUUGCAGCGGCAACGAGCUUCAGACUUUUUUAAUAAAUGAAAACCUUCACUAAAAUUCUAAAACGAAAUAAUUGAAACCUCAAAUCUUCGAACGUUGUUAAUAAAAAUAACGUUAUUAACUCAAGCUUGUAAAUAUAGCAUAUAUAUAUAAUGUAAUAUCUACAUGAUGCAAUAUCUGUUUCUUAAUUUAUCGAACGUCAAAUAUAUUUACUACGCUAAAAUAAAUAAAUAAUAUUUGUGUAUAC